AUGGAGGUGCAGUAUGACUUAUCCCAUUACUACAGGCAAAGGGAAGGAGCCCUGGAGCUGUCUCCUACUCUGCAAUCAUCAGAACUAUGGACUCCACAGCAAUUGCCCCAGCGUUCAACAGUGUCACAACAAAGAUAUCAAGAGUACAGGGUAAACUCUCCUGCAUUGUCAAGACUUCCAUGGGGAAGGGAACGAGAGUAUGGAGGGAUAGGACCAGUAUCUCUCCCAGAUGAUCACAGACCAAAGUCAGAGCCACCUGUAUUGGAGGCAAAAGGACAUAAACACUAUGGAUAUGGAGGCGACCCUUGGCCAAGAGGGAUUCCCAUACAACAAUACUAUGACAUCACAACUCUGAAAAAAAGUGCAGUGCGUCCGAAUGAUGAAUUGUAUCCAAAGCCACCUGCUGCUUCUAUGACUGAAAGGCAGAUAUCUGCUGCAUUUCCAGCCGAGCACCCUUAUUGUUCCCACAUAUCAAAAUUUGCUGUGUUCCCAAGUAUGAGACCUCCUGACGUUCUGAAGCAUAAAGCUCCACAGCUCGACCAACAAACUCCAGCAAGGCCUCACAGUGCAAUAAUAUUAAGAAAAGCUAAAGCUUUGGAAACAAAUCAGUAUAUUCCGUGGGGUAACCCAUACAGACAUGAGAUUAUAAAUACUUCUAAUGACUCAGAGAAGGAAGCUCUGAUCUGGUCGGGUCAGCAUGGGUACUUUCAUUACCCCAAAUUUCAAGAAAAUGGUCAGAUUUUCUAUCCUAUUCCUCCAAAAACAAGAGCUCCCAAUACUCUGCACAUGUCACUUGAAGAGAUGCUCUCAGAUAGGACAGUCAAUUUGCUGAGAAAUCUGGAGAAAUCGCAGUGGAUAACAUCAUAUAAUCACAGCUUUACAGGUAGAGGUGAAAUGAACCCUCUGGAACUUGAUGAUUUUAAUGAGAAGGCUUUAUCUACUUUCACUGGACAGGCAGACAUAAACACAGCAAUGAAACAAACAUUUGUGUCAAGUAUAUUAAAAGCACGGCCACUAGAAGGAAGGAAAGCACGUUUACAGGAUGGUCGAACAUUAUCAAAUUCAGAUGAAAAGAUGACGGACUUAGCUUCUAAAAAUGUGAAGCACACGACUACAUCUCUCCAUUCACCUGAAGACAGUGGCACUAAGCCAACAUACCAUUUAACAGGGCAGCUUAUGCCUGAUACGGAAGUGUUAGCUGGGUGGAAUAACUCCAAGAACCUCCCUGUGGAAAAGCAACAUAAAACAUAUUUGUGCAAAAAUAAGAUCACAGAUAACAUACAAUCAGGUGUUUUAUAUGAGAGACAGUUUACUCAAGUACCAGACAAUGACCACAUACUUAAUACAGCAUUUUAUGAAGAUUUAAAAGCCAGUAAGCAAAAUCAACAUAUGAUCUUUGAAAAACUGUCUAAAAUUAGAAAAACAAAUGUAAAGACCCAAGAAAACCAGGGUAUGUUGAGCUUUACGAAUAAUCUCAGGCAUUUCGGAAAAACAUCUGCAACAGGAGCAUUUACAAACGCUGAGAAGCCACGCCCUCAAACUGCUCUUCUACAACUCCAAGACUCUUUUUCUAAGUCAGAAGCAAAUAAAAAAUUUCAACAGGCUUUCCCAGAGAAGACAAAGAAUCUCGCGGAAAAUAACCAUUCUGGGAAGAAGAAUACAUUUUAUGGGUUUCACUCUUUUUACUACCAUAAUUAAAGGGGCAUGAAACCUUCACACUUCAUGAAGAUUGUGCAAUAGUAACCAAUGUUUCUAAUUUAAUUCUAUUAUAAAAUUGAGUUUGUUCUCAUGGUAUCCUUAUAUGGAGAAUAUACCUAGGCAGGCGCAGAAGGGUUCAUAUAUCUUCAGCAUUAUAUGGCAUCGGUGUCUGCAACAAUGUUUAAUAAUGUUAUACAAUGUUCAGUAUUAUAGGGCAGCAGUGUUUCAAUGUAUAACAUUGUCACAAAUAUUGUUGCAGACAGUGCUGCCAUAUAAUGCUCAAGAAAUGUGCACUCUCUCAAGCCCUGCACCUUCAUUUAUGUACUGCACCUGCUCAGAGAGUCAUAUAUCGUCUCAGUGAUGACUCAAUCGUUGUCAAGACGAUAACUACAAUGUGAAGACAUGCUGGUGAAUGCUGGUUUACGUGGCAUAUGAAGCAUAUUUGAUAGCUUUACUAGAAACAUUUUUGCAAUAAAAGUAUUCUGCAGAAUGCUUGCUCAUGCACAUUUGGUCCCUUUAAGAA